CACACACACAGCUGACCGCUGUUCAGGGGCCACAUUCUCCUCUUCUAUCUGGAUAGAAAUCAGAGGAACGACCUCGCUCCUUUUACGCGGAGCGUCUCUUUUUGGAAACUCUUCCACUUUCUCCACACUUGUCGCCUUCAGUCGGACCCGCUUUCCUUUCCAAGCGAUCGAGUUCCGUCAGAUAAUUGUGUGAGCAAGUUUUCAGAACCACGGGCAGAGCGGACAGCGCCGCAGCAUGGAGCCGUACACGGUCCCGGGAGAUCAGCUCUCCCUGUCCGACCUUUACUCCGUUAUUCCCUUUAAUGUGACCUUCCCGGACGAGGAGAGCGUCCUGAUGGGCGAAAGGCUGCAGAACUACACCGAGCAGCAGGGUCCGGUCCGGAGCGCCGGGGGGAUAAUCAUAGCCAUAUCCAUCACGGCUCUCUACUCCGUUAUCUGCGUGGUGGGACUUCUGGGCAACGUCCUCGUUAUGUAUGGAGUCGUCAGAUACACCAAGAUGAAUACGGCGACAAACAUCUACAUCUUCAACUUGGCUCUUGCCGAUGCCUUGGCGACCAGCACGCUGCCCUUCCAGAGUGCCAAGUACCUCAUGAACACCUGGCCAUUUGGAGAAGUCCUGUGCAAGCUCAUUAUUGCCAUCGACUACUACAACAUGUUCACAAGCAUCUUCACCCUCACCAUGAUGAGUGUGGACCGCUACAUCGCCGUGUGCCAUCCGGUCAGGGCACUGGGGUUUCGGACGCCAGUCAAGGCCAAGAUGAUCAACGUGCUCAUCUGGGUACUGUCCUCUGCUAUUGGGGUGCCCAUUAUGAUUAUGGCUGUGACCAAAGUGACAGAUAAUGGUAAAACCAUGUGCAUGCUGAAGUUCCCUGACCCUGACUGGUACUGGGAUACAGUCACAAAGAUCUGCGUCUUCAUCUUUGCUUUUGUGGUCCCUGUGAUGGUCAUCACUAUAUGUUAUGGCCUGAUGAUCCUGCGUCUAAAGAGCGUUCGUCUGCUCUCAGGCUCCAAGGAGAAAGACCGCAACAUGCGCCGCAUCACCCGCAUGGUCCUAGUGGUGGUGGCGGCCUUCAUCAUCUGCUGGACCCCCAUCCACAUCUUCAUCAUCGUGAAGACUAUGGUGGAGAUUGACACCAGGAACCCCUUUGUGAUAGCCAGCUGGCACCUGUGCAUUGCCUUGGGCUACACCAACAGCAGCCUCAACCCUGUCCUCUACGCAUUUUUGGAUGAAAAUUUUAAGCGAUGCUUCAGGGAUUUCUGCCUUCCCUGUCGGACCCGCGUGGAGCAGCACAGUCUGACCAGGGGCCGCAACACCAUGAGGGAGCCGGUGUCCGUCUGCGCACCAACAGAAGUGGGGAAGAAGCCGGCAUGACUAGGCAUGGACUGGGUCCCCCACAGCUCUCGCUCGAGGAGGAUCCAGCAAGAUCUGCAAUCAGAAGUCACUCAGAUCUCCACAACAGAGUUUUAAAAGAUCUUAAGGACAAAAAGUUUGUCUGAAAGAGUUGUGCUGCUUAUUCGCUCCAAUUUGGCUGACACAUUAAAAAGGAAUAGCUAAAGAUAAUGGAAAACAAGAUUCACUCUGAUCUUACUUCUUUUUUUUAAAGUUCAGAUAUCAAAAUGUCUUGAAAAAUGUAUUUUUCUUUCGUCAAAGGCAGUGACAGCAGAUGGGGUGAUAGCCCAAAGCGUUCAUCCAAAUGUUAAAGCAAGAUUAUGAGACAGAACAGCUCACGAUUUGUCUGCUCAAAAGAUCACAGUACGUGACUUUUUGAUGAUGCAAAAAGGAUAAAGAAACUCUUGCAGGUUGCAAAGAAAGCAUUGUUCAGACACCAUCCAUCAGAGUGCAUUGUAAUAAAACGGACUGACUGUCAGGGUGAAACAUGUUCAACAAAAGACAGGAGUGGGAAACAAUGGGCUUUUCAAGUCAAACCUUAUUAUUUCUUCAAACAAACAAUUGCCGAUAUAUUCAAAGAAACAAAGAGACUUGAUGAUAAAGGAGUAUUCUGAAAAUGGGAACAUCAGACAAAGAUUUUUUUUAUUUGUAUCUUUAAAAUCAACACAAAACAAAUGAGCCUUACAGAGCAAAACCCACAGGACUCUUACCCGUCGACAGCUGGAUGAUGAAUUACAGCAUAGUUGUUGCACAACAAGGUCAACCACUCUCUAAGUGGAGAAGUAGGUAAAUCUUGUUUGGUAUUCUGUGUAUUUUUUUCUUUUUAUAGCAAAAACAGAAACUUUCUUUUUUCCCUUUAGACUCACCAUCAACAUAAUGAAUGAAAAAUGUGGCUUUCAUUGUCCCAUGGAUUUGAAAAUAUCAUGAAGGACAUUAAAUUAUAAUCCAGUUCGCUGGCUGUUGUGCUCAGAUGGAAAAAUCCAGAAUGGCAUCAAACCACUGAAGCUUGGAUUUCUGUGGACGUCUUUUCUGCUAACCUACUUGACUUUCAUGAGUGGUGUCAAAGACUGCAGAGAGCCUCUGAGCAGAAUCACUGAACAAUGGCAAAACUGAAGAACAUUGUUGGCAGCCCCAGCACUCCAUUGAUUCAUAGUUUAAAGCAAAUGUAAAGUCAAUGAACACCCCCAACCUCCUCCAUACCAGUGUAGAUAGAGUGGCACAUCCUUCAUGUCAACAAACAAACUGCUUCAAGGAGUUUAUUGAUCUGCAUUUUAAAUGAGCAUAAAGCCUGUCAUCUGUCACAUGGAAUAUAUCUGUGGCACUAACAACAUAUGGAAUGGUAAUUUAUUCUGGGUAAUUUAUUUAAUCCAGUGGAUCUUGACACCAAAUAGAGGCUGUGAAGUUAAUGAUCAUUUCAACUUUGCAUACCAAAUGAUGGCGGUAUGUCAGUGGUAAUCAUGCAGUUUUGCAGAAUUAGCUGUCAUGUGGAAAUAUUUUGAAGUUUAAAUGACAUGCAAACACGUCAAAAUAUGCCAUUUGAUUAAUGUUGAAGUAUUAAGUUAAUGUGGUAAAUGUGGAACGGAUCAAAUGCAGCCAAACUGAAUAUGUAUUAAAAAAGAAGAGGGUAAAGCCCUUUUGAGGCAGUUGUGAUAUUGGGCUAUAUAAAUAAAAUUGACUUGACCGAUGAAAAAGGAAACAAGUCAAUAAAUGUGAAUUUGUAGAUACUAUAAA